UUCACUUCACCUCUGCUGCCUAUCAAUUGCUUCUUCACUCAGUCACCACUCUCUCACUUCUGCUUCAAAGAUUAUUCUUGAAGGUCUGGAGUCAGCAAGAAAUGGGGGCUUCUGGAAAAUGGGUCAAAGCUUUGAUAGGGAUUAAAAAACAAGAUAAAGAUGACAAUGAAAAGAUUAGUGGAAAGAGCAAAAAAUGGAAGAUCUGGAAAGGUGUGAAAAGGCCCGAUGGAAUGAAUGCCGGCCCGGAUUUCUCCUCCGAGUCCUCAUCAUUCAACGCCGCCGUCGCCGCCGUGGUCAGAGCGCCGCCGAAGGACUUCCGCGCCGUGCGCCAAGAAUGGGCCGCCAUCAGAAUCCAAACCGCUUUCAGAGGAUUCCUGGCAAGAAGGGCUUUGAGGGCAUUGAAGGGAUUAGUGAGGCUUCAAGCAAUUGUCAGAGGGAGGCAGGUUAGGAAGCAGGCUGCAGUGACUCUGAGGUGUAUGCAGGCUCUUGUUAGGGUUCAGGCCCGGGUCCGGGCCCGUCGUGUCCGGAUGUCCGUGGAGGGCCAGGCUGUGCAGCGCCUCCUUGACGAGUGCCACCGCGAGAAUGAGGUCUUGAAGGAGGCUGAGGAUGGAUGGUGUGAUAGUAGAGGGACUCUUGAAGAGGUUAAGGCCAAGAUUCAAAUGAGGCAAGAGGGAGCUGUCAAGAGAGAGAGAGCCCUUGCUUACUCUCUUGCUCAAAAGUGGAAAUCAAGCCAGAGUUGUGAUUCAUGCAUCACUGUGCCAAAAUGUCAAGGCUUGGACAAGAACACCUCUGGGUGGAGCUGGCUGGAGAGGUGGAUGGUGGCGAAGCCGUGGGAGACUCGGCUCAUGGAGAAAUCGAGCACUGAGGAUCGAACCUCUGAUUCGACCCCGUUAGUCAAAGAAUGCAAUAAGAGCAAUGUCUCUAAGCUGUCUGAGCCAAGUUUGGUGAAAGUGAGGAGGAACAACAUGACCAAGAGGAUAUCAGCAAAGCCUCCACUCUUUGCUCACUCAUCGUCGAGCCCUAGCUACGAGGAGAACUCGACCUCAUCAUCGAUCUUCACAACAACUCCCAUCUCGGGAAACACUGCUUCGGACAGGACUGAUGAGGGCAGCAGCAUCAGCAGGCCGAACUACAUGAACUUGACUGAGGCAACGAAGGCGAAGCAGAGGAGGCACGGGGCUCAGAGGCAGCAGUCCAUGGAUGAGUUUCAGUUUCUCAACAAGUCCAUGGCUUUCACCAAUGCUGAUUCUAGCACCCUGCCUCGACCCCUUUGCAUCCCGACACGAAUGGAGAAGGGGGUUUUCUAGGGUUAGAGGAAAGAAUGUGGAUUGGAACUUACAACAGCUUGAUUGUUUGUUAUUCAUUUCUGCAUUGUGUAGUAUAGUAGAGUAAUUGUUAAUGAGUUUUGCCAUGAAAUGAAAGACUGCUUUUUGAUCA